AUGCUUGGCGAAGACUGCGAGACCAGUGCACUCAGAGACAUGAAGAAACGACUGGAGAGAGCCUUGGCCGAGAUAGAGGCCUCUCUCCAGGUCACCCAGGAGUGUCUGCUUCACCAGGAGAAGAAGAUGGGCAGAGACUUAGUCCACGAUGAUGUGGAAGAACAGCUUUGGACAGAAGUCGGUGUCAUCAGGUCAUGCCAAGAGAGGAUGCAGCGGUACCUGGAUAAGGCAAAAGCCCAGCUGGCAUAAGGAGGAGCUCCUAUCUCCCAGCAUGAGCUGGAGAGGGACCAGAUCAACAGGCAGGCAGCCCACCACAUCGACCAGAAGUGCCUUAACAUGAGAAACACAUCAGAAAGAAUCGACUAUUGCCAAGGGGGGGAGUGGGUUGAUGCCACGAUCUCGGUGCCAGAGUUGUAGGCCAAGUUCACGGAUGACAACAACCUCUGCUCCCAGAGUGAGUGGGUGGCCUCCGCCAACGUGCAGGACAACAUCAAAAACGUGGUAGUGGUGAUGCCCAAUGAGACGCGGCCCGAGUUCAGAAAGGUGAACAUCGCCUUCACCAGCCGCAUCGCUGAGACAGCUGAAGCCAAGAGCAAGAUCCAGACCCAAGUGGCCAAGACACUUUAGGAAGUCUUCCAGAUCGAGAUGACCAUAGAAGCCAUCCAUAAAGCCAUGAGAGACACCUGGUCCCCAUUGAAAGUGGCUCAAACGCAAUUUGAUGAGCGCACACGGAGACCAAACAUGUUGUUGUCCCAUUUUGGACAAAGAGUCCGCACUCAAAGUGGCUCAGACACAAUUAGAUGA